AUGCGAGGCCUAAGUCCAAAUUCCUUCUCCGCAUCAGACAUGGGGGAAUUGAACCGGGAUCUUCCAUGGCCCAGCCUGACCGGGAAGGAAGGUCUGACCCAUCUUCCCUCACUGGGCCCCUCCACGAACCCUGCCCAGGGGAAGGCACACCUGAAGCAGUGUGACUUGCUCAAGCUGUCCCGUAAGCAGAAAAGGCUCUGCCAGCGGGAGCCAGGGCUGGCGGAGACCCUGCGGGAUGCCGUCCGGCUCAGCGUCAUGGAGUGCCAAUACCAGUUCCUCGGUGAGCGCUGGAACUGCAGCCUGGACGGACGGACCAGCCUCUUGAAGCGAGGUUUGAAGGAAACUGCCUUCCUGUAUGCAGUGUCCUCUGCAGCUCUUACCCACUCCCUGGCCAGGGCGUGCAGCGCUGGACGAAUGGAGCGCUGCACCUGCGAUGACUCUCCAGAUCUGGAGAAUCGUAAGGCCUGGCAAUGGGGAGUGUGUGGCGACAACCUCAAAUACAGCACCAAGUUCCUUAAAAAAUUCCUGGGCCAGAAGAAAAUUGGCAAAGACCUGCGGGCUAAGGUGGAUAUCCACAACACCAACGUGGGCAUCAAGGCCGUGAAGAAUGGUCUCAAAACCACGUGCAAGUGCCAUGGUGUCUCAGGCUCUUGUGCCGUGAGGACCUGCUGGAAGCAGCUCUCCCCUUUCCACGAGACUGGCAGGAUCCUCAAGCUGCGCUAUGAUGAUGCUGUCAAGAUCCUCAGUGCCACGAAUGAUGCUGUGGGGCACUCUGAGCUCGUGGGCACGCAGAGGCACAGCCACUCCCACAGCAGCCCAGCUACUCCACGCCCCACAGAUCUGGUGUACGUGGAGGACUCUCCCAGCUUUUGCCGGCCCAGCAAAUACUCGCUAGGCACUGCCGGAAGGACGUGCUCCCGGGAGGCCAGCUGUGACGGCCUGUGCUGUGGGCGAGGCUACAAUACCCAGAGCCGGAUGGUCACCUUCUCUUGCCACUGCCAAGUGCGGUGGUGCUGCUAUGUGGAGUGCCAGCAGUGCAUGCAGGAGGAGGUGAUCUACAGCUGCAAGCAGUAGGGCC